AGCGCUUUCUCACAUAGCGGGGCUGUGACAGGAACAGACCUGGGAAACUCCAUCCUUAACCCGGCUUUCAGGGUGGGCCGACCCAGGAGAAAUAGCGCGGAUAUUUCUAUUUUUAAGGGACGAAUAGCGCGCUAUUCCGUCAGAACUUGAGAUAAUGGUUGUGGGGCGGCCGGUUAUGUGUUUCUCCGUCCAAUCUCUCGCUGGUGUAAUCUUCACUUUUUCUUGGUUCCUGCCGUCCUGUGUUCCCGCUGGACGCACCGGAGACAGUACGCUGGUGGAUACCGUGACCAGCAGGCAAGGCGACACGGCUCUUCUCAGGUGUUACCUGCGUGACGGGCUGGCGAAGGGGGCGUGGCUCAACCGCUCCAGCAUCAUGUUCACCGGAGACGACAAGUGGUCCGCAGACCCCCGCGUCUCCGUGGUGAUGGGGGGCGGGAACCAGCACGAGUACAGCCUGCAGAUCCAGAGGGUGGAGGUCAGCGACGAGGGACGCUACACCUGCAUCGUGCAGAACAACCUGAACCCCCAGUCCAGCCACAUCUACCUCAGCGUCAAAGUUCCACCGAGGAUAUACGACGUCUCGCCGGAUGUGACGGUGAAUGAAGGAGGAAACGUGUCUCUGUUCUGCAUGGCGAGCGGGAGGCCUGAGCCCACCAUCUCCUGGAGACACAUCACUCCUUUAGCUAUGAAGUACCAGGCUGGGGAGGAGCUGAACAUCAGCAGCAUUACCAGAGACCAGGCGGGGGAGUAUGAGUGCCUCGCCCAGAACGACGCCUCCGCCCCCAACACCAAGUCCCUGAGAGUCACAGUCAACUACUCGCCCAGCAUCCACGAGAUGAAGUUCACGGGGGUGGCUGUGACUCGUGCGGCCCUGCUCCGCUGCGAGGCCCUGGGCGUGCCCACCCCCGCAUUCGAGUGGUACAGAGGAACCAAGCGGCUCACCCGUUCUCAGGGUACAGACAUCCAGACGCUCAGGUCCCGAUCCGUGCUCUCCAUGACCAACAUGACUCAGGAUCGCUACGGCAACUACACCUGUGUGGCGGUGAACAUGUUGGGGCGGGCGGCGGCCAGCCUGCCGCUGCUCCGUGAGUACCGCUGUCUCCAUGGAGACACUCCUUCAGGGCGGGGUUCACUGUACGUUACGCGCAGACUUAAGAAAUACAUCAAAACUAUUUAUCACAGCGGGCGGGGUUGUAGUGGUGUUUCCUCAACAUGGCCGAUUGGAAUAAACGGUACAAUUGGCAUCCAAAUUAACAUCUUACUUGGAGGAGAAGGGGGAAAAAUUAUUCAGAAAAAAUGUUUUGUUAGCAUGUUAGCUAGCCUCAGACACUGACUUCAGGGUUAAAUGCUGUUAUUAUGUCAGCCUGGCUGCUACUUUGACUGCAGGGCUAAAUGCUGUUAGCAUGUUAUCCGGUCUGGGACACUGACUCCUGGGUUAAAUGCUAUUAGCAUGUUAGCCUGUCUUGUACAUUGACUGCAGGGUUAAAUGCAGUUAGUAUGUUAGCCUGCCUGGUAUACUGUCUCCUGGGUGAGAAAUGGAACAGCGCAUUCCAUAAUGAGUCUUACAGUGCUGAGUUUCACAGACUCCCCUCACAUUUCUCUGGGAUUGAGCCCUAAUGGAGUCUUACAGUGCUGAGUUUCACAGACUCCCCUCACAUUUCUCUGGGAUUGAGCCCUAAUGGAGUCUUACAGUGCUGAGUUUCACAGACUCCCCUCACAUUUCUCUGGGAUUGAGCCCUAAUGGAGUCUUACAGUGCUGAGUUUCACAGACUCCCCUCACAUUUCUCUGGGAUUGAGCCCUAAUGGAGUCUUACAGUGCUGAGUUUCACAGACUCCCCUCACAUUUCUCUGGGAUUGGGCCCUAAUGGAGUCUUACAGUGCUGAGUUUCAGAGCUAUGGAGGUUUGAGCUUGAGCCCGAGUACAAUGCAGGACAUUGCCUAUACCUGCACACCUAGCAUUUUACACACCUAUACCUGCACACCUAGCA